GCGGUCGCUGUGCUCUCGUUAGCGAUAGUUAUCGCCAUGUCGAGCAUAAUCCAGGCCGGCACAUACGCACCUAAAUCAGAUAUAGGGUACCCGGCUGGUCUCAUUCCUGAUUGUCCUGGAGUGAUGAAGAACGCGACAAUCAGCACGAUGACGAUGCCACAGCUGCAAAUCACAAUCCACAAGCUGGACGGACAGGUCACCAGGCGGUCGGUGGCCAUCGAAUCCGCUCCGAGGAUCAUAGCCAAGGAUAAGAGCAUAAACUUCAAGACGAAGAAGACAGUGCUGUACGCAGUGGGGUUCCUGGACAGCUCAGUGUUCCCCCACUCGCAGGCCAUCGGAACUGCGUACUCCAAGCGAGGGUACAACGUCUUCAUCACAGAGACGAUUGUGUUCCUCACACAUAUCUAUCCUAAAUCAGUUCGCCUAACCAGAGCGAUUGGUAAGAAGCUGGGAGAGUUCCUCGUCAGUCUGGUAGACCAAGGUCUCACCAGCGACUCCUUAGAACUAGUCGGGGCCAGCCUCGGAGCCCACAUCGUCGCGUACGCAGCGAAAUACUUCUACGAGAAAACCGGCCAGAAGAUCUCAAGAGUCACCGGUUUGGACCCAGCGGGACCUUGUUUCAGAAACAUGGACCCGCAGUUCAAACUGGCUCCCACUGACGGACUCCACGUCGAUGUUAUCCACACGAAUAUCGAUGGCUUUGGAAUAGCAGAACGUCUUGGACAUGUAGAUAUUUAUGUCAAUGGGGGAGAGUUUCAACCGAGCGAUAUCCCGUACAUUCCCUGCUUAGUUAUUUGCUCUCAUAUCAGAGCUAUAUUGUACUGGUGGCAGGCCGUGGAGCAUCCGAAGAAAUUCAUCGGAAUGAAGUGUGACAGCGUCCAGGAUGCAAGGUUUGCGAAGUGUUUCAAUAAUUCAGAAACUAACUACAUGGGUAUAGAGACGAAUUUCGCUAAGCCCGGCAUUUAUUACCUUCCUACGAAUAACGAAUUCCCUUAUUAUAGAGGGAAGGAAGGAUUGAAAGCGGAGAACGAAAUUUACACGUCUGUAAUCAAAAGGAUAAACUCUGAUGAUGGUUUUGUGGUGUGAAAUAGAAGAAUUGUGAUAUUGAAUUAUGUUAGUGAAAGACAUUCGUUUGUAAAAGAACUUUGAAGUGUUUCGUGGUAGAAAAACCUGUCCUCUUAAGUAUAGAGGAAGCCAGUAAGUUUAGGCCACUGGACAGUACAGGGGUAAUAGAUUGUAGGAUGAAGGAUGUGUCAAUUAAGUUAGGAAGUUAUGUGAAUCAAAACAAUGAGUAUGAAUGUCCAGUCAGCCACGAAAAUAGUUGAACCAAUUCAAAACUUUAAAUCCCCUAUACCUGGUGAAAUUGUUUUUAAUUUGGAAUAAACAAAAUUUCUUUAUUUUUUUUUUAUUUAUGACGAAAAUAUGUGUUGGUAAGAACAUAAUUUGGCGAUUUGAAAUUUGUUCAGCUAUUUAUGUGGGUGGCUGUAAAAGGUUUUUAAGUGUGAUAAAUUAAUUAAAUAAUUGAAAAUA